GCACAUCCACAGAAUUAACUUCAUCUUCAUCUUUUUCUUCGCCUGAGACAAAAAAAGAAUGGUGAGCUCGACGCCAUUGUCGUCCUCUUUCUUAACAGUUCCUUGGAAGUUGUCUACUCAUAGCAAUUGUCCGAGCCAAACAACUCUCUGGUUCUCCCAGAAACAGUCGUCGUCUCUCCGUGUUCGCGCCGCAAAACUCCCUGAAGGGAUGAUAGUACCAAAAAGGAAACCCGAAUUCAAGCCAGCGUUUCAGGGAUUCACAUAUACAGCUGAAAUAUGGAACUCCAGAGCUUGUAUGAUUGGUCUCAUCGGAUCCUUCAUUGUUGAGCUGAUUCUGAACAAAGGAAUACUUCAGUUGAUUGGUGUUGAAGUUGGGAAAGGGCUAGAUAUUCCUCUCUAAUUUUGAUAAUCUUCUUCUUCUUCUCACAACUCAUAAAAACUCUUUGCAAUACUCUCUUGGCUUAUUUCUUAUGUAAACAAAGAGCUUACUACCUAUAAUUCUCUAUAUAUAUUAACAGUUAAAAACAUAUGUUGAGAAUGAGAACUGUCUGAUUAAUAA